GAGACUGAGAAAAGCUUCGCCUUCUCUCCUUAUCUCUGGUUCUGUGACUUUGCAGCUGGACUCCGAGGAAGAGGAAGAAGAAGACGAAGGAGAUGAAGAAAAGGGCUUUCUCAGUCGUCUGUGAUGCUCAACUUCCUCACAAAUCAGGGGUAAGAGGCACUGUUCCUACUGCUACUUGUACUACUCUCUCAUUCAUUUCUCCAAGAAACUCAACCCUUAUUCAAAACCCCCAAUCAACUUUUCGUUCUGUUGCUUCUCAUGCCUAUAGUACUCGUUGUAAAAGUAGAAAUCAUCUCUUUAAUUCUGAAGACAUUGUCCAUUAUGGGUCUCGGAGAUUGAGGAGUGAUAUUGACAGUAUCAACAAUCUUGAUGAAGCUCUAGGCUUUUACAAGCAGAUGGGAUAUGGCCGAGUUAGGAUGCAUUCCGCUUGAUGAAUACCCGCUAAAUAUUGUGAUUAACUGUUAUUGCUUCUUGGGUAGAGUGGAUUUUGGGUUUUCUAUAUUGGGUAGCUUCUUCAAGCGAGGUAUUUUGCCCAAUACGACCACCUUUACCACUCUUCUCAAAGGACUCUUUCGGGAACACAAAAUUCAUGAGGCACAAGGAUUGUUCAAGAAAGUAAUAUAUGAAA